AUGCUUUUAGAAACGGCCGGGAAUCCGCUUUUCCACCCAGAAAUCGACCUUGGCUGGUCGGCCGACCAGACAAGCAUGGAAAAUGUCCUCGCCAAGGAGGAGGGCGGAUUUGAUGGCACGGGAUAUAAGCGGCAUGGAAUCUACAUGCCAAGGAUUUUGUUCAAUGCAUAUCAGUUCGGCCAUGGAUUCGAAGGAGAUAAGGGGAAUCUCCUGGUGCAUCUCCCGGGGAUGACAUAUACUGAGAAGUGGGAGCACAUGGCUCGAUGGCUAGACAUUGUUGAGGGAGAAGGCGGUCAGGAGUGGGAAGUCAGUGUAGAAGAAAGUGGCUAUGAGAACAAGACAGUCGCAUUCUGGAAUGUUGUUAGGGAUGUAAAACGAAAGAUCCAGGAGACGGAGAGCGCGAUUGGAAGCAUGCCGGAGACGGAUACGGCGAAGCGGGUUGCUGUCGACAAAUUGAAGAAGGUGCUAUGGGAGGAGGCUGAUGAUAUGGAUUUGAUGAGAAGGAGGCUUAGCAAGCUACGAGCCGAACAAGGAAACCCGCUCUUGGAGGUAGAAGUUGAUACCGAAGACAGCCAGGCUCAGUACCCAGAACCCGAAACGAUUAAUGCGGUGGAAUUGGACAAGUACCGCAAGUUUGGACCGUUUGGCAAGCUGCACAACAUCGGCGUUGCGUUUCGGACGAGCAGUCAACUUCUCGAGGAGUUUUACGAAGCUCAACGGCAAACCGCCCCAGCGGAGCCUAUUUUUACUUAG